AUGACGCUUUCCUUUAAUACUCUACCGGCGACGGCCAAAAUCACGCCACACCCAUUCAAGAUCUCUGUCCCCAAGGCGAACCUCGAUGACCUUGAGGCGCUGAUCAGGCUAUCGAAGAUUGCCCCGCAUACCUAUGAGAGCUCCCAGACAGACGCCCGCUAUGGCGUCACCACGGACUGGCUGGUCGCAAUGAAAGACCAGUGGCUACGGUCGUACAAAUGGCGAAAAUCGCAAGACCAUUUCAAUAGUUUUCCUCAGUGGAUGACGGGUGUCGAAGGCCUGGAGAUCCAUUUCGUAGGUCUUUUUUCGGAGAAGAAAGAUGCGGUUCCAAUCUUGCUCAUCCAUGGCUGGCCCGGAAGUUUCAUCGAGUUCCUCCCGCUUCUGGAGCAGUUUAGGCAGGAAUACACUCCCGCUGCUCUCCCUUAUCAUUUGAUUGUCCCCUCGCUACCGGGAUUUACAUUCUCGUCCGGGCCUCCUCUUGACCGAGACUUCACAACGGAAGACGUCGCUCGAAUUUUUGACCAACUCAUGAAAGGCCUCGGCUUUGAAAGCGGCUAUGUUGCGCAGGGUGGCGAUAUAGGAAGUCAUAUCGCUCGAUCACUGGCAGUAGACUAUGAUAGCUGCAAAGCUGUGCAUCUCAACGUGACUUUCAUGGGGCCGCCCACCGGCGUCACAGACGAUCAAUUAACGGCAGCGGAGAAGAAAGGUAUAGAAAGAAUGAAGAACUUCAGGGCGCUUGGCUGCGGAUAUAUGAAUGAGCACGCUACUCGACCAAGUACCAUUGGACACGUUGUCGCCAGCAGCCCACUGGCUCUCCUCGCAUGGGUUGGUGAGAAAUUCCUCGAGUGGGUAGACGAGCCACUGGAUCCAGAGCAAAUUCUUGAGUCGAUUACUUUGUACUGGCUCACAAAUACUUUCCCGCGGUCUAUCUACUUCUAUCGCCAGAUCGCUAUUCCACCUCCGGUUCCUCUACCAAAUACGCAGCGAUGGUAUAUCCACAAGCCUUUUGGUUACUCUCAUUUCCCCAAGGAACUGGCUCCCCUGCCCCGCUGUUGGGUCGAAACUACAGGGAAUCUUGUGUUCUGGAGGCAUAACCACAAGGGCGGUCAUUUUGCAGCACUCGAGCAGCCUGCGGCUUUAAAAACAAGCUUCGCCCGCCAGCCCCCCCGAGCCACCACGGGAGACGACGAUGAGCCCAUGGCGGACGCAGAAGCGAGCGCGCCAGGGUCCCUCCCUCCCAACAGACGUGGCCAAAAGGAGCCCAUAGCGCACUUUCUCGCCCGACUGCCUCCAUCAACCACCAACCAAGAAACCGCAGGCCCGUGGAUCUGGAUGCACAGGUAUCCCCAGACAAUCGAGCCAGGCGACGAGCCGACGUUCACGCGCAGAGGCGUAGAGCUCCUCCACGCAUACGAGGACACGAGCGCAGAGCUCCGCGCCGCGCACGACAAAUCGGGCGCGAAAACCACGGCGCCGCUGACCCGGAAACUGAAUCCGCUUCGGCAGAAGCUCGAGAAGGAUAUUUUCGCGCUCGCGCGGGAGACGCGCGUGCUGGCGGGGAAAUGGAUGCUGUUCCCGAGUCCGCGGGAUGUCGACGGGGUGUGGAAGACGGUGGUCGAAGCGAUGGAGCAGGGGAAACUGUCUAGGAUGGCGAAAGUUGCGACGGACGAUGGGUCGGAUAAGGCGCGGCUGAUCUGCGUGUAUACGCCGGAUUUUGGCGAUGCAGAAGAUGUGAAGCGCGUGGUAAGGAGCAUGGCGGAGCUGGGAUUGGUGAAGGGGAAAGAGAAGCCGAUUUAUUACAAGUGUGAUGCGUAUACCCUGCUUGAUAUCACGUCGAAGAAUGAGUAUGGGCUUAAGGCGAGCAUGUAUUCGAGUCGAGAUAUGCUGGAGCGUUGA